AUGUUCGCCGCUUUCGUUUUCCUUCUUCAGGAUCUCAAAGUUAUAGCUUGUGAUUUCGUGAUGCAUAAGAUGUCAAACGAUCAGGGUGAAUCGCACGUAAACCACACGAUAAUCCAAGACACCAUCCAAGCUUUGUUUAAAAGACCUCCCUUUCCACCCGAAAUUGACCCCGCACAAAUUGCAAAAGAUCGCAUACUAAGAAAUCCUGACGCGAUUAAUUCGCGGGGCCCAAAUUGUUUUAUAAUAUACAGAACAUAUUGCACCUCUAUAAAUGCAAUACCGCAUAGUCGAAAAAGAAACAGAAUCCACAUGACCAAGCUGUCGGCAAUAGUCGCAGAAUCAUGGAAAAAUGAGCCCUCGGAGGUUAAGGACUAUUACAAGCAUCUUGCAACUCUGACCGAAAUCGAAAUGUGCAAGGAAAGAAGGCGAAAUGAAAUCCACAUAGUGAAUUUCAAAGGUUGUGAUAAAAGACACCAACAUAAAGAUAAAGUCAACAUAACGAAAGUCCCACAUUUCGAAAGACAAACUCCGGAAUUACCUAUGGAAGAAAAUAAUAUUGAUGACGAAGGCUGCAUUCCCGUCGCAUUUGAACCUAUAGGAAAUGAAACUUGGGAUCCGGUUCAUUACAAGCCUUUGGUGAUAUUUCGGUGCUUCUUUCAUGAAUUCCUCGAUUGUCCGUGCCAGAAUAGUUUUUAA